AUGGCCCAACAAAGGACAUUGAAAGAGUUGGCAGUGCCAAAUCUUGACCAACAACCACUUUGCAUCCAGUAUCCACCGUUGGAUGUAAACUUUGAGCUAAAAUCGGGCCUCAUCCAUUUAUUGCCUUCUUUCCAUGGGCUGCCUGGUGAGGAUCCGAAUAAACAUUUGAAGGAGUUUCAUAUUGUCUGUUCUAGUAUGAAACCCGCUGCAGUGACUGAGGAACAAAUUAAGCUGCGAGCUUUUCCUUUCUCCCUAAAGGAUGCAGCUAAAGAGUGGUUGUACUAUCUUCCACCUGGUACUGUUGAAACUUGGAAUGGUAUGAAAACUAUGUUCCUAGAACGAUACUUUCCAGCAUCUAAAGUUGGAAGCAUCAGGAAAGAGAUCUGUGGUAUAAGGCAGUAUACAGGAGAGUCUUUGUAUGAAUAUUGGGAGAGAUUUAAGAGGUUUUGUGCUAGUUGCCCUCAUCAUCAGAUUAGUGAACAACUCCUCAUUCAAUACUUUAAUGAAGGAUUACAAUCACUGGAUAGGAGUAUGAUUGAUGCAGUCAGUGGGGGCGCACUAGUUGAUAAGACUCCUGCUGCAGCCAGGACCUUGAUUUCUAAUAUGGCUGCUAACUCACAACAGUUUGGCAUUCGUCAAGAUCCUAUUCCACCACCCAAAUUAGCUAAUGAAGUGCGGCCAUGUGGAAUCUGUCAAGUUGUGGGGCACCCUACUGAUACGUGCCCUACUCUAGUGGAGGGAGAAACUGAGGGUGUUAACGCUGUAGGAAAUUUCCCUGGUCAAUUACGUCAGAUGUAUUAUGAACCAUUUUCACAAACUUAUAAUCCUGGCUGGCGUGAUCACCCAAAUCUUCGUUAUGGGAAUCAACAACAAAUUGCUCCACAACCAACAUCAGCAAGACCACCUGGUUUCACUUUGCAACAACGGUCUCAAAAUAAUUAUCAAACCACCCAAGCUUCCAUCAAAAGUUUGGAGAAUCAGGUGGGACAAUUAGCAGCAUCAUAUAACCGGUUGGAAGCUCAUCUGUCAAAUAAAUUGCCUUCACAACCUGAGAUGAAUCCCAAGGAGAAUGCUAGUGCAGUAACUUUGCGAAGUGGGACGCAAUAUGAUCCACCUAGUCCUCCAAUGCCCAGUAAAUUGUCAUCCAAGCCACAAGUUGAUUGCUCAGUUAAUGAAGAUGUUCCUCCAGAACCAACCACCCCUACACAAUUAAGCCCUAAGCCUACUUUUGUCAUUCCACCUCCAUUCCCAAGCAGACUAAAGAAGACUAAAAAAGAAGAGAAGUGGUGGACCACCGAGCAGCAGACUGCAGAAGACACCAUUAAAGCUCUGACUGAGGAGGUAAAACAAUCGAAAGAAUAUCUGGAAAAGGCAGCUAAGUUGGUGGAGAAACACAAAACUGCUCCCCAGACUAAUCACGAUGAGGCUGUAAAGCUAGAGAAAGAUCUGAUUGAGAGUAGGAAAAAGUCAAAUAAGCUCGAGGAGAGGAAUAAUAAAAAUGCCAACUUUGAUUCUCUACCUGAGCAGAUAAAGCAAGAAGAACUUGAGAAGUGUGCUGCUCGGUUGCCCGAAGAAAACAAUCCGUCUACUUCUCCAAAAAUCUCUCUGGCUACUGAUAUUAAUGGAGAGGAUGAAACUGGCCCUACUGUCGACUAG